CCAUUCCUCCUCGCAUCCACACCUCUCAACAUGACUUGGGUUCUUGGCUGGCCUCUCUACGAAGAAGACGCGCUCGAAAUUGCGAAGAAGCACAACCUUGCUCCUAAAACGUCAGAUGCUCGACGUAUUCAAGCAGCCGUAAUGUGGGUCGCAAACCAGGUCGGCAUCAUUCGCGCGCUCGCCUGCUGGGUACACGACAGGCCCGAGUCCGUUUUUGUUGCGUAUGUCGACUAUGGUGACAACCGUUACCCACCAACGAAACUCGCUCGCUCGGAACUGCUCACGCAGAAGCAGUUCCGCUGUCUGAAGCAAGCCAUGCCACUCAAGAAUUUUGGGUGGUAUCAGCAUAAUGAUCCUUCCUCGACUCUUUACGGUGAGAUUAGAUUGUAUGCUAGCCUCUCUAACGCCACUCACUGUAGCUACUUGUCAGAGAUCACCACCCACGAAUACGACGACGACGUCGAGGAGGAGGAGGAGGAUAGUGAGGAAGACAGUGACACUAGUGAUGACGAGAGCAGCGAUGAAGAUUCUGGCGAUGAACAAUCCAUGGACGCCGCCAACGACUCGGAUGGCGGAGAUGCCACUGAAAGCGACAACGAGACGGUGACCGACGGUGUAUAA